AUGUCUUGUGGUGGACGAAGCGGAUCGCAUGUUGAACAUGGGCUUUGAACCGCAAGUACGUCAAAUCGUGCAACGAGGCAAUAUGCCGGCUUCCUCCAGUCGUCAGACAAUGAUGUUUAGCGCUACGUUCCCACGCGACAUGCAGAUGUUGGCGAAGGACUUCAUGAAACCUGAGCACAUAUACAUGGAAUUCGGUGAGCUCGGCUGUAUUCCUGCGUCGAUCACCCAGAAGCUUUUGUUGGUGCAGCCUCGAGACAAACUGAAAACGUUGAUAGAAUUGUUGCAAAAGGAAGACAUGAACAAUCGGGUACUGGUCUUCGUACAGCGCAAGUCGUCCGCUGACUUCUUGCUGUCAGAUCUGCAGCGAAGCAACUUUCAUGUGGCGGCUAUUCAUGGGGAUAUGUCGCAGCGAGCUCGCCAACGCAGUUUGUCGCUGUUCAGAAAGGGAAUGGCGCCGAUUCUCGUUGCGACGGCGGUAGCCGCUCGUGGGCUUGACAUACCGGACGUGAAGCACGUGAUCAACUAUGAGUUGCCGCAGGACGUCGAAGAAUACAUUCAUCGUGUCGGCCGGACCGGCCGCGUUGGUCACGAAGGUGGGUAGGU